ACGUUUAAAACUUAUGAUGAUCCGCUCGCGGCCGUAUAUUUGUUUUUGUUUGUAAUUUGAAUGAAAAACCAGAACUGAAUUCAAUUUAAGAGUGCCUAUUUAUCUAGCCAGUUCCCACCUACCGGCUAACCAUGGCCGACAAGCGAAACUUCCGUUCUUCGUACUACGAAAAGGUCGGUUGCCGUGGGGUGGAAGAGAAGAAGUCCCUGGAGAUCCUCUUGAAGGAGAAGCCGUGGGACCGGGUGAAGCUGCAGCAGUUCUGCCUUCGCUUCACCGUUCCCGCCGCCUACAGGAACCUCAUCUGGAGGGUGCUGCUCGGCAUACUCCCAGUCUACCCGGACUCGCACCAGUUCGUCCUCGAGCAGCGUACCGCUCAGUAUGAGGACCUGCUGCACGCGCUAGAAGUCAUGGAGCUGGUGGAGCCGGCCGCCCCGCCCGCGCGGAGGCUCUACGCCAUGUGGCAGCUGGAGAGUGGACGCAUCAAGCCAUACUUGUUCCCAGAGACUAAGUUUCCGUCAGAAGAGACAUUCAUCCCGAUAGCCUCAUCCCUACUAGAGCUGUACUCGGACGAGGUGGACGUGUACUGGCUGACGAAGGGGCUCACGGAGGUGGUGCGCGGGUCCCAGCGGGAGCUGCCCAAGCUGGUCGAGGUCUUCCGGACCAUGCUGGAGAAGGAGGACCUCGAGCUUUACAACCAUCUAGUGGAUAUCAAAGGAUUGGACAUUCUUCCCUUGACGAAAUGGUUCAACUGCUGCUUUGCUGGCAUCUUGGAUGAUACAUCUCUUACCAAGAUAUGGGACAAAUUAUGCGGCGGGGCACCGAAAAUACUUUCGUUUGUUGCUGUGAUGUUACUUAUAACUCUGAGAAGAUGCAUAUUGAAAGCAGAAAAUGCAGAAGAAGUCCUAAAAUGUGUUUCUGAGAUUCCUGAGCAGUGCGAGGAAGUGGUGGCAAAUAAAGCUAUAGAGCUGUGGCAAUACUACGGUGCACAGCCACAGAGCGAACAACUAGCGAAAAAAUGAUGUAUGACUUUCUAAUGGGUUUCGC